UAUAUUGUAUCAAUGUUUCUUUUAAGACGUAAUGAACAUUAGGUGUCUAUUAUUAAACGAUUUAGGACUGGUUCGCAGUUUUGAGUGUUAGGCCAUUUCUGUGUUAUGAAAACGGUUGUUAGGUCACUGAACGAGUUAAAGCUGAUUCACAUAAGCACGUAUCUGAUACUACGACGUGAAGAAUGCAAACUAGAGUAAUUGAUGGUUGUGACCCCAUAAUUGCACCGAAUCUUUAGAUAAACAGAUUCACAGGAAAAAGGAGAGAGAGAAGUUGAGAAACACACCUUGCCCUGUCCAGAUGAAAAGGAUUAUCGUGGAACGCACUGGGACCGAACAAAACCUGGAAAAAUAGGGACAAUGGGCUGUCCAGAAAAUUAUGCUGGAGAAAUAUCACGGCAAUGUAAUGAAGAAGGAAAGUGGCAGUUACCUGAUUAUAAUUGUGUUAGAAAGGAUAUAGAUAACAUUGAUAAGCAAAUUGAAGCCAUAAAAGAAAAUCCAUCAGGAGAGGUUGUUACAGAAGCGCUAGAUAAACUAAACGACGUAACAAAACCAACAGAGGUAAAAGGCGGUAUAUAUAGUGGCGAGAUUGAGAAAGUGACGUCAAUCUUAGACAACAUUGCAGCCAUAUCUUUAAGUACUGAAGUGACAAACUCUCAAGCGGAGGCGUUCCUGAGUACAACAAGUAACCUGUUGGACACGAGUAAUACAGAAUCCUGGAAAACAUUAUCUCAGGAAGCAGAGAGUGGAGCCAAAGAAACACAUAAAACAGACGGAGCAGCAAAGAUUCUUGACGUGGUCAGUCGGUAUUCGGACGCCGUUGCAGCAUCACUCAAAAACUCAUCCAACCAAACAACAACAGUCGCUGUCAAAAACUUAAUUUUGCACGUGACAAAGAUCGAUGACAAAUCAAAUGGAGUUACGUUCCCGUCAAAAUCAGAGUCUAAAAUUUACAACAUGACAAGUUCUUUCCAUUUACCGAAACAGUCACUUAAAGGAGUGAAACAUGUUUCCAGCGUACUCUACAAUAAUCUGACAGGAAUAUUGCCUUCUAGGACAAUUUCUGAUGGACAAGAAGAGAAGGACUAUAAACUAAAAAUAAAUUCUGCAGUGGUUUCUGUAAAAAUACAAAACUGGGAACAGAACAAAGACCCUUUUCAUAUCAACCUGAAAUUAGGUCAUUUUCAGGGAAAAUUCAAUAAUCCUCUAUGUAGUUUCUGGAAUGAAGAUAAGACAGCUUGGGAUAGAAAAGGGUGUAAUUUAACGUCUUCGUCCUCGUCGGAAACAGUAUGUGAAUGCAACCAUUUGACAAAUUUUGCGAUCUUAAUGAGCCCUUGGGAAGAAGAAAAUGUUGACACGAAGGCUAUUGAUAUCAUAUCAAUUGUUGUUGGAUGCAGUAUCUCAUUGGCUGCUUUACUCAUUACCAUCAUAGCCUCUAUUGCACACUGGAGAUAUGUUAAAAGCGACCGUGUUGUGAUUCUAAUACAUCUAUCUAUUUCUCUCGUCAUAUCGUAUGCUAUCUUCCUCGGUGGUGUAGACAGGACGGAAAAUAAGGAUGCGUGUACAGCGGUGGCAGUGUUACUGCAAUAUAUUUUUCUAGUAGUGUUCUUCCUAAUGUUGGCGGAAGGAAUCGAGAUAUUAGUGACCGUCCUGUAUGUUUUUACGACAGCUUCUAGAUUAAAGUGGCUGUUACCGGCUGCAUGGUUGAUCCCGGCUGUUAUUGUUGGUAUAUCUCUAGGAGCUACACAGUUACAAGGAUAUGGAAAUGAACAAUUUUGUUGGUUAUCAGUUGAGGGAGGUCUGAUCUGGGCAUUUGUUGCGCCAGCUCUAACAAUUAUUAUGGUAAACUUUGUGCUUCUUAUCCUCAUUUUACGAGCUGCAUUUGGAGCUUCUACUCUGGCACAAAAAUCGAAAACGGAGAGUAAGAGCAUUUUGUGUAUUUUCUUUUUUUUUCAGUGUCCUUACCGUAAUAACGUAAUGGCAAUAUGAGCCGCGCCAUGAGAAAACCAACAUAGUGGCUUUGCGACCAGCAUGGAUCCAGACCAGCCUGCG